AUGUCGGCCUCUCUCCCUGGCAGCCGGGACCUUCCCGCAUCGCAAUAUAACCUCUCCACCUACUGGGGUCGUGUGCGCCAUGCCGUUGACAUCGCUGACCCUCGCACUCUCUUUGUCUCAGGCGCCGGUCUAGAGAACGCUAAGAACCUCAUCGCUUCCUACAAGCAGAACCGUAUCCCGGUGAUGACCCCCGAGCUGUGGUCCGCCAAGAAGGUCGUCGAUGCGACUUUGCACCCUGAUACCGGCACCCCCGUUCUCCUCCCAUUCCGCAUGUCUGCCUACGUCUUCUCGAACCUGGUCGUCACUGCGGGCAUGUUGACUCCAGGACUCGGCACAUCUGGAACCCUCCUCUGGCAAAUCGGCAACCAAUCCCUCAACGUCGCUAUAAACAACGCCAACGCGAACAAAUCGACUCCCCUCUCCACAUCCCAGAUCGCCCAGUCAUACUUCCUGGCCGUCUCAGCAUCCUGCUCCACAGCCCUCGGUCUGAAGGCCCUUGUGCCCCGUCUCAAGAGCAUCUCCCCCAACACUCGUCUCAUCCUCUCCCGUCUCGUCCCCUUCGCGGCUGUUGCCAGCGCCAGCGCCCUGAACGUUUUCCUCAUGCGCGGUGAGGAAAUCCGCCAGGGUAUCGAUGUCUACCCCGUUCUUUCGGCCGAAGAGCGUGCCAAGCGUGAGGCCCUCGAAGAUGCUGAGCCUGUCCAGAGUCUCGGUAAGAGUAAGAAGGCUGCUACACUGGCUGUCGGUGAAACUGCCAUCUCGCGUGUUCUGAAUGCCACCCCGAUCAUGGUGCUGCCGCCUCUUAUCUUGGUCAAGCUUGAGAAGACCGAUUGGCUACGUGCCCGCCCUCGCAUGGUUAUGCCUGUUAACCUUGCGCUUAUUUUGGGUACUUCGCUCUUUGCUUUGCCUCUUGCACUUGCUGCUUUCCCAUCUCGCCAAGCCAUCAGUGCUUCCAGCCUUGAAGAGGAAUUCCAAGGUCGUGGUGGUGACCAGGGCAUGGUUGAGUUCAACCGCGGAAUGUAA